UUUCUAAUGCAGCAAAGGUCAAAGUUGUUUAUGUCACUUUGUGUGGGGAUCUUCGGCGGCCUUGAGAACCACUUUAUCCUCUAUUUCAUUCACUUGACGGCUACAGUAACCGCUGCGCUAUUGAAAACACCACGCGUUAACGAAACAUGGUGCUCUCGAUGGAUCGAUGGGUGGGCAAAGUUGCGGUCGUAACUGGGACAAGUGCCGGAAUAGGUUCCGCCAUAGCGGAACUGUUGGUCAAAAGAGGUCUCGUCGUGGCUGGCCUGGCGCGUAGGAAAGAACGCACAGAAAAACUGGCAGCAGAGUUAACCGGCGAGAAGGGGAAGUUACACGCGGUACGUUGUGACGUCACAAAGGAAGAAGACGUCGUCGAAGCUUUCGCUUGGGUCCGGGACAAUCUGGGACCGAUUCACGUUUUAGUCAACAACGCCGGCCUCGAACAAGCCACCGACCUCAUCGACGGCGAUACGGAAAAGUGGAAAAAAGUUUUGGACACGAAUAUUCUCGGUUUGUGCAUCGCGACGAGGGAAGCCGUCCGGGACAUGACGGCCAACGGCGUCGACGGCCACGUCAUUAACAUCAACAGCAUCAUCGGGCACAAAGUGUUUUAUUUUCCCAAGGUCAACAUGUAUCCGGCGACCAAGUUUGCGGUCACCGCGCUCGCCGAGACUCUGCGGCACGAGAUCAACCGAAAUAACCUCAAAAUCAAGAUCACGAGUCUGAGUCCCGGUUUUGUCACCAGCGAACUUAUGAACGCGAGUUACGGCCGCGAGGUGGCCCUGGCGGAUUUGAAUAUGGAUUUCGAUCCGUUCUUGAAUCCGGAUGAUAUCGCGCACGCGGUCGAGUACGCUCUUUCAACCCCUCCGCACGUCCAGGUUUCAGAGAUUACGGUCAGACCGGUAGGAGAGAGAUUCUAGAAAUUAUCCUGCAUGAUUUUGCGCAAAUAGAAACAAUUACUGUCAACGAUAGAUUUGUUUUAUUAAAGGCUGCUGUAAACGUUUUAGGGAUCAGUAGUUUAUGGUAAUAUACUAAAUAAAAGAAGUACUAAUGA